UCUGCAUUAAUCAACAUGGUCCAGUCUGUGCAGGUCUUCGGCCGCAAGAAGAACGCAACCGCCGUGGCUUACUGCAAGGCCGGCAAGGGCCUCAUCAAGGUCAACGGCGCCCCGCUUGACCUCGUGGCCCCGGAGAUCCUCCGCUACAAGCUCUACGAGCCGGUGCUCCUGCUGGGCAAGGCCCGGUUCGCCGGCGUCGACAUCCGUGUCCGCACCAAGGGUGGUGGUUCGGUGGCGCAGAUCUUCGCCAUCCGCCAGGCCAUCUCGCGUGCCAUUGUUGCGUACUACGCCAAGUACGUCGAUGAGGCCUCCAAGUCGGAGAUCAAGAACAUCCUCGUCAACUACGACCGGUCGCUCAUCGUGUCGGACCCCCGCCGCUGCGAGCCGAAGAAGUUCGGCGGUCCGUCGGCCCGCGCCCGUGCCCAGAAGUCCUACCGUUAA